AUGGCGGUUUUAACUCUGGGUUUCGCUUGCAGAUCCCAUUUUUCUGUUCGUCCCCUGUUUUACUGCUUCUCGAAGGUUCGGUUCAACACUGUUUCUGCUGCUGCAAUUGAGACGGCGGAUGAAAAGGAUAGUGAUCAUCAUGACAAGGAUGAUUCUGAUAAAACGAGUAAAGCACCAGAGUGGAAGAAACUGAAUUCGAAAGACCUUGGGAUAACCAGUUCUAUGAUUUCAAAGCCAACACGACAAGUGCUAAAUGGUCUCAAGAGUAAAGGACAUGACGUUUACCUUGUGGGAGGCUGUGUACGAGAUCUUAUUUUGAAGCGGACACCAAAAGACUUCGAUCUACUCACUUCUGCUGAACUUAUAGAGGUUGCUCGGACUUUCUCAAGAUGUGAAAUUGUUGGAAGAAGAUUUCCUAUAUGUCAUGUGCACAUUGGGAAUGAUCUUAUAGAGGUUUCAAGUUUUAGCACCUCUGCACGAAAUUCACCAAGAAGCAUGAGAACUAAAUCUGGAAAAUCCAGUGGCUCCUAUGAUGAGGACUGUAUCCGUUUGAACAAUUGCUUGCAGCGUGAUUUCACAAUUAAUGGGUUGAUGUAUGAUCCAUAUGCCAAGAUCAUAUAUGACUAUCUUGGGGGAUUAGAAGACAUUAGAAAAGCUAAGGUCCGGACGGUCUUUCAUGCUGGCACGUCUUUUCAAGAGGACUGUGCUCGGAUUCUUCGUGGGACAAGAAUUGCUGCGCGUUUAGGUUUCACAAUUUCCAAGGAAACGGCUCAUUUCUUGAAGAACCUUUCCUUCCUAAUACAAAGACUCCACAGGGGAAGAAUCUUGAUGGAAGUAAAUUACAUGUUAGCAUAUGGAUCAGCAGAAGCUUCUUUAAGAUUGUUGUGGAAAUUUGGCAUACUUGAAAUUCUUUUACCAAUCCAGGCAGCAUAUCUCGUUCAAAGUGGUUUCAAGAGACGCGACAAAAGGACUAACAUGCUUCUGUCUCUCUUCGCCAAUUUGGAUAAAUUGUUGGCUCCGGAUAGACCUUGCCACAGCAGCUUAUGGUUAGCAAUCUUGGCUCUUCACAAAGCGCUUGCUGACCAACCUCGACAUCCUUCAGUGGUUGCUGCGUUCAGCCUUGCUGUCCACAAUGGUGGAGACGUUGUAGAAGCUGUAAAAAUCACCAUGAAAAUCACAAAACCUCAUAAUCGAAGCUUCUUCGAGCUACUAGAGCCAGAGGAACUGGACUCUCAAACCUUAUUGGAUGAGGUCAUGGCUUUUGAUGUGGCUAUCAAAGAAGCCUUGGGACAGAUGACCGAUGCGCGGUUUGUUUCCAAGGCUAUGUCCGCGUACCCUCAGGCCCCAUCUUCCAACAUGGUAAUCACUCCUACUUCUUCCAUUGAGACACACGCAGAUGCAAAUUCUUCAGGAUAUAGAUCUUUUGGUUUGAGAUUAGUAACAAGAUUUGCUCGGCUAGCUCUGUCCUAA